AUGCCUCCUGCCUGCCUGGAUGCCUGGAUGCCUGGCAUGACCAAAAUCAGGGGGCUCAGGGCCCUGAAGGCCUACAGGUUGAAGUUCUGGACCAAGACCCUGCCCCAGAAGAUCCAGGAACUUAAGGGGGCUGAUGACAAGCUCAGAGCUGUCCAAAUUCCACCUAGACAGAGGUCCUGCCAUGCAGUGCCCUGUGAAGCCCAGUGGAUGCAGAAACAGUCCUGGGAACUGACCAUGUGGCUUCACCAACUUGGAGUGCAGCUCACCAUCGUGACCUAUGGGCUCCUGCUGCUCCUCCUCCAGGGCCAGGGCCAGGACUCAGUCAGCCCCAUCCGGAUCACCCACACCGGGAAGGUGCGGGGCAGCCUCGUCCACAUGAAGGGCACCGAUGUGGGGGUCCACACCUUCCUGGGAAUUCCCUUUGCCAAGCCACCUGUAGGACCACUGCGCUUUGCAGCUCCUGAGCCUCCUGAACCUUGGAGUGGUGUGAGGGAUGGGACCUCUCACCCUGCCAUGUGUCUGCAGGAUGUGGCUAGGAACACACUGGUUACGAACCUCUUGAAUCUGACCCUCCCUCCAAUCCCCAUGUCAGAGGACUGCCUGUACCUCAGCAUCUACUCACCUGCCCAUGCCCAUGAGGGCUCUAACCUGCCUGUGAUGGUCUGGAUCCAUGGUGGUGCCUUGGUGAUGGGCUCAGCUUCCAUGUAUGACGGUUCUAUUCUGGCAGCCACUGAAAAUGUACUGGUGGUCACUAUCCAGUACCGCCUGGGAGUUCUGGGCUUCUUCAGCACUGGAGACCAGCAUGCAACUGGCAACUGGGGCUUCCUGGACCAAGUGGCCGCCCUACGCUGGGUCCAGCAGAAUAUCGCUCACUUUGGAGGCAACCCUGAUCGCGUCACCAUUUUUGGCCAGUCUKCAGGUGGCAGUAGUGUGUCCUCACAUGUGGUGUCUCCAAUGUCCCAAGGACUCUUCCAUGGUGCCAUCAUGGAGAGUGGGGUGGCUCUCUUACCCAAUAUUAUUGACCGCUCAUCUGAGGUGGUUUCCAUG